AUGCCGAUCAAGCUUCCCAAGGGCUUCACUCGACGGAAGUCCUCCGGCAAUGCCCUCGAGGAAGUCGAAAACCCUCCUGAGCCCUCUUUCCGUGUCUUAGAACGGCCGAACGGGGGAAGCAAGUCCUCCGAAAGCGGUGACGUGCUGAAAACGUCUCGUCCAUCGACUGAAGAUGACAACAUAUUUGCCGGGAUAGAAAGACCGCUGCCGAAGAACAGGGUCAGUGGAGGAACUCACCAUUCAGCCUCUACGACGGGGUUGUAUGACAGCUCAUCGUCAGCGCGUUUCAGUUCGUCCUCGACGCUUCCUUCAUCGACCGACGUUCCGGUGCAGAAUGAUCAUUCAAGGAACUUUCACGACCUCUCGGUGCCCCCCGUGCCCGAAUCCUCAUUCUUUUCGUUGCGUGCAGCCGGCCGGACUUUGUCUUUUGGGAACAAAGCAGGGAGAGUCUCGACGCCUCCACAGUCACAGCAGCAACAGCAACAGCAACAGCAACCCCAGCACCAGCAACCCCAGCACCAGCACCAGCAGCAGAAACAGCAGCAACAACAGCAGCAACAUCCUCAGGGACCUUCUGCCCAAGCAAGAGAACGGGCCCUGACAGCGAGUUCUGCGAGCACGGCGACACCACCAAGGUUACUGGACUCAGAUCUGAAGCUCGAUAGAGGGGAUGACGACAACUUCAGCAGAAUGUUCGAGAGCUUCGGGAAACGCAAGAGUGAACUUCAGCUCCAGACUAAUCUUGACAAGGGUUCAUCGAAAGCACCGCCUCCGGAUCCUCCAAAGGAAGAUCGAAACCCCAAUCUUUCGCCAAUUAAGGUCGAUCGGUCACAGGAAGUCGAGCCAUCCCCUACUUCGUGGGACAGCCGGACGUCGCAAGAUGGAUUGAUGGAUCAUCCUAACAAUCACGAACAAGAUACCUCCAUUCCCCGUGAAUCCUCGUCGGAACCUCCCUCUGUAUCACCGACCGAAACCCGACAACAUACAAUGCCAUCGGAUUCUACACCAGUCACGGCUACAGCACAGCGAGCCCGAAAUGCGCAGCCCUCCACGGAUAAAGGACUCAAAAGGGGCAGCGUAUACGCUGGUAAACAGCUCUCCUCACCAGUCGAAGAUGUCGAUGCCAAAAUCGUCCGGGAGUCGGUACUUCUACACAGGAGAAAUACGCAGCCGACUACCUCGGAAACUGCGCAAGCGCGUGCGGAAGAAGAAACCCCGCUCUUUGACAAUGAGGAAAUUCUGUCUAGUGCCAGGCUCGCCACCCAGUAUGAGGAAAAAGCCGCGUCGACUACAGUUACCCAAAACAAAGUCAUGACACCGGCCCAGUUUGAACGCUACCGACAGCAACGGGAACUCACGAGACAGCUGAACAAGGAAUCAGACAGCGAGAGCUCGGAUGGCGCCAGUGAUUACGAGGAAGACGAAGACGAAGCUGAGAAAAAUCGGGAAGCAGCACGGCAACGUCGCAAGCAAGAAGCCCACCUAUCGGUUUACCGUCAACAGAUGAUGAAAAUCACUGGAGAGCAGAACCCCAAUCCCUUGAACAACACGCAGACUCGUCCGCCGGUCGACAGAGCUGGCAGCAGCACGCCUAAUUUGAGCUCUCGCAUGUCCACAAUCGGACUGUCGACCGCAAAAUCUGGUGACAGCGGUAAGAGCAGUGAUGGCGACGACGAUGAAGAUGUUCCCCUGGGCAUCUUGGCUGCGCACGGGUUCCCAAACAAGAAUCGUCCUCCGACACGUCUGGCCUCAGCAAGCUCGAUUCCUAAUCUACGAGCGGCCUCCCCCUCCCCCGGCUCUGUAUACGGAGAGCCGACUGGGAAUCGAAGCAGUUUACCUGCCUUUGCGCGGAACUUGCCUAAAGAUCCGUACUUUGGGGCCAGUCUAGUCAAUCCGUCAAGGAGAGAAUCUCUGGCGAUGGGAGGCGGUGCUCCUGCUUACGGAGGCCCGCCUUCAUCUCUGCCCCCAGGCGGUCUCGUCGGGGUGAUUGCAUCGGAAGAGCGAGCGCGAGCCAUGAGGAGGGGGAGUCCCAAUCCUCAAUCCAGCCCCUCCCCUCAGCCAAUUCCCCGGCCAUACACGAUGACGAACAUGGGGCAGACGGGCCCAGCCGGUCACUGGGGCAUGUCAGGUGCCAUGCCUCCACAGCAAGGCAUGUCGCCGGGAGAACAGGCGCAGCUACAAAUCUCCCAGCAAAUGGCGGAAAUUAUGCAGACGCAAGUACAGAUGAUGCAGCAGAUGAUGCAGAUGCAGGGCAUGGCGGCCGGACCUCAAGGCCACCCGAAUAAUAAUUUCCUAUAUGGCGCCCAGCCUGCCAGCCCGAAUAUGCGACCAGUAUCCAUGGCCUCCGCCAACUCGUUCAAUUUGCCCUCGGGUCCUCCUCAAAUUGAUCAUCAGCGUACUUUUAGCAUGCUCGAUCCAGGCAUGUCUCGGUGGAAUACCAACCGACCGGCCUCCAUCUUCGCUGGUGGCGGUCCUCGUCCUGCUUCGCCACAUGCGGCACCAGGAUAUACACCGUCCAUAGCUCCUUCUGAGCGCAGCAACGUUGGACUGGCUUCGCGAUACCGUCCUGUGUCAACGGUUGGGCCAGACCGCAAUGCGAUGCCUCGGUCGUCCACUUUUACUUCCUCGACGCUGAAGCCAUGGAACGACGAGAACCAAAGGCCUUCCUCGAUGGCCGCUCCUUCUACACAACCUCCUGAUCGCAAGUCCACUUCUCUGGCAAAUGUGACCGUCCCACCUGCAGACACCCAAGGACAAAAAUCUACCACGAACAAAACCAAUGCCGGUGCCGUGUCCGACGAUGACGACGAUGAAGGGUGGGCUGAAAUGAUGAAGAAACGUGAAAAGAAAAAGAGCGGUUGGAAAUUGAAGAAUAGCGCCCCGGCCCUGGGAGAUCUUUUGCACAUGGUUCAUUAG